AUGCAGUUUAUGUUGCUUUUUAGUCGCCAGGGGAAACUGAGACUCCAGAAGUGGUAUGUCCCAUUAUCUGACAAAGAAAAGAAGAAAAUCACAAGGGAACUUGUUCAAACAGUAUUAGCCCGCAAACCGAAAAUGUGCAGCUUCCUGGAAUGGAGAGACCUGAAGAUUGUCUACAAAAG